UUGAUGUUUGAAAACAAUCACAAAAUUGUUAUUUGCUGUUUUCGAAAUAAAAGGGCAAAAAUUAGUUCCGAUAAGUACCGAUAUAUUCUCUGCAGCUACCCUGUACAUCGAUAGGUGGAAUCAAAAGUCGCGGUUCUGCUGCAGUGUUUAAAUAAUAAUAUAACUAAUUAAAUUGAAAUAAACCAAAAGAAUGCUGGAAACCAAGAGCAUCAGUGCUUUGGCAUUUACUGAGACUCCGCGCAAGCGUAAAAGGGAAACAGGCGGCUGCGUCCCCCUGCCCCUGCCCCUGCCACAUCCAGCAGCAGCAGCAGCACAGGAAGCAGCUGCCGCCGUCACAGAGUCAUGCUUCACCAACGCUGCAUUCAGUUCGACGCCCAAGAAGCUGAUUGGACGCCGCCGUUUGGCCAAAGAGAACAGCAAUCCGUUUCCCUGUCUGGAGUUCAAGUCCAUAGCGGAUUUGGCACAACAGCAGCAGAAGGAGCAGCAGCAGCAGCAGCAGCCCCCCAACAAUCCCUUUGAGGUGGUGCGACAUCCCUGCAAGAAGAAGAAGCGAGAGAUUGCCUGCUUUGAGAAUCCUGGCCUCAAUCUAGAGCUGCCCGAAAAGCAAUUCAAUCCGUAUGAGGUGAUCCGUUGCAUUGCCACGCCCAACAAAAAAAAAGGCUUCGUCAAUGCCGCCCUCAAUGUGCGUGGCAGCGAUGGCCCCGCCUCGCGGAAUCCCUUUGAGAUUCAUCGCCAGAGCGAGAUCUCUGCCUUGGCCAGCAAUCCCUCCGGCGUGGCCAAUCCCGCCUUGGCCGAGGAGUCGCUGCUGCCCACCAGCCUGAAGAUCGGCCUGCCGUUUGUGCCCACUGUGGGCUGUCGCAUCGAUUUCCAUGGCAUGUCCCUGGCCCAGUUGACGCCCAGCAAGCUGCUUGCGGAGAAGCUUGUCUUUUCGCCGGUGCCAGGGCCAGGGCCAAAGCGUUCUCUGGGUGCCAUCAGUGAGGAGUCAUCCAGCAUGGAUAUUGGCAAGGAGCUGGAUCGCUACCAAUUGGAGCUGGAGAAUAGCAUCAAUGAGGCAAAGCUGCGCAAGAAGGGCCUCCUGGUGGCGGAGGAGGAGACGCAGGAGACCCUGAUGGUGGUGCAGGAGUGCCAGGAGGGAGCCCAAGUGGGGCGACAGCUCAUAUGCACCAGAAGGCGCACCCUCACGGAGAUUAGCGAGGUGCCAGAGAUGGAAUCCGCACCAGUGGCGGCGGAGGAGCAGCCACCAGAGGAAAUGAAAGAGGAGCAGCAGCUGCAGCAGCAGCAGGAGGAGAAGGAGGAGCAAAAAGAAGAGGAGCAGCCGCUGGAGGAUGAUGCCGAGCCAGAUGCAGCUGCUGGCGAUGUAGCCUAUGCCUCAGAAUCAGACGAGGAGGACUUUAAGGCCCCUGCCCGCUUCGUGCGCGCCUAUCGCCCGGCAGCGCAGCAGCUCAAGGCCGCCAGCAAGGAGUCCCUCCAAUCGAUUGGCUCCAGCAAAUCCGGAAAAUCCCUGGACAAGCCACCAUCCGGCCAUGGCAUGAAGAACAUGAUACGCAAAUCGAUACGCCGCCUCAUGCAUCCCAUGGAGAGUAGCAGCCACACUGGCAGCACCUCCCCGGAGAAGCCGCACAACAACAUCAUGCACACCAUUCGCCACAGCCUGCGACGGCGACCACCGAAGGAGGUGCCGCUGCAGGAGGAGGAGGAGGAGGAGGAGAUACGUCCAGCGGAUAUCUCCAUUGUGGACAGCAGCGAGCGCACCAUGAAGCUCAGGUCGAGCAUUACCCAAACAGAGUACAUGACCAUCGAGCAGCUGACGAACGAAAGGAAGCACACGCUGCGGAACAGCAUUCGUCGAUCGACACGGGAUGUGCUACGCCAUGUGUUCCACAAGAGUCACGAUGCCUAUGCCACGGCCAAGUGAGCUGGACGACCCAAACAAUCGGCCCAUUCAUUAAUUCAUUCAUCAUUUAGAGCCUAAGACCAUUGAACUUUCAAUUGCACCCAAAGAUUAUCAUACAAAAAUGCACCCACACCCACAUCCACAUCCAAA